UAAAACAGAGAUAUGGCUAAGCUAAGCCUGAAAAAACUACUCGUAACUCUAGCGUCGAUUUCAGGGAUCGGAAAGCCUAGUGUUGCCCACAUUCUGAUAGUGGUUUUCCUGGAAUAUUUCGCCUGGGGUCUGCUGACAAUGCCGAUGAUUGGCAGUCUGAAGGAGACCUUUCCGGAUCACACUUUACUGAUGAACGGUUUGGUGAUGGGUGUCAAGGGAAUACUGUCCUUUUUGUCCGCCCCUUUGAUUGGAGCUUUAUCGGAUAUUUAUGGACGGAAGUUGCUGCUUCUGAUAACAGUGAUCUUCACUUGUUUACCGAUCCCGAUGAUGACGAUUGAUAACUGGUGGUUCUUUGUGAUCAGCUCGAUUAGUGGAGUUUUGGGCGUGACCUUCUCGGUGGUUUUUGCCUAUGUGGCCGAUGUUACCACGAAAGAGGAACGCUCCAGAUCUUAUGGCAUGGUGUCGGCCACCUUUGCCGCCAGUUUGGUAAUCGCCCCAGCUUUGGGUAACCUUAUAAUGGAUCUUUAUGGAAUUAACACCGUAGUGCUUAUAGCCACGCUCGUCUCUUCAGCGAAUGUGAUUUUUGUGCUGUUUGCUGUACCGGAAAGUUUACCUCAAAAAGUUCGAUCCACCGGAUUGAGCUGGAAACAAGCGGAUCCGUUCUUAUCCCUACGAAGAGUGGGUUCGGAUACCAAUAUCCUGCUGUUGUGCAUCGUGGUCUUUAUGUUCUUACUGCCCGAAGCUGGGGAAUAUUCCAGUGUACCGGCUUACCUUAAACUAACAAUGGGAUUUGAUUUCGUGGAGCUCUCUGUUUUGGUGGCUUUUAUGGCCAUUUUGAGCAUAUCGGUGAAUGUGACUUUGGGAUCAAUAGUAAAAAAUAUCGGGGCCAAGAAGGCGAUAAUAUUGGGUCUGCUAUUGGAGAUGCUGCAAUUGGUUCUGUACGCCGUUGGAAAUGAAAAGUGGCAAAUGUGGCUGGCUGGAAAUGUGGCCGCCUUGAGUUCCAUUACUUUUCCGGCCGUAAGCGUUUACGUUUCCCUUUAUACGGAGGGUGAAAGUCAGGGAGCUGUUCAAGGAAUGAUCGCAGGAAUGUCGGGAUUGUGUAAUGGCCUUGGACCCGCCUUUUUUGGUAUUAUCUUUUACCUUUCCGAUAUGGACAUAAGUGAAGAUAGUAUUUUACUUGGGAGUUUACGUGGAAAUCGAACUAUACCGGGUCCCUUUAUGCUGGGGGCAAUGUUUGUGUUUAUCAGCAUCAUAAUAGCCUCUUGUAUUCCAGAGGAAAAGUCUUUAAAAGGCAAGAAACAGGAAUUCUCCGCCAUAAAGUAUAUCAUCGAGAUGGAUGAUUCCUAGUUUAAAUAAAUGUAUAUAAAUAUGCUAAACUAAUCCCUGAUAUAAAUACAUAAGUAUUAAUUUUAUAGUUAUAAAAAAUAUUUGCCUCUUUUGUUUUGUAUACAAAGUUUGCCUGAAACAAAAAAACACAUAAACUAAAAACCAAAAACAACAAUAAAAUUCUUUCUUUUACCUUUUCAA